ACUGUGAUACUGCUGUUUGACCGGUUGCAAGAAUAUAGUCUAAAACACCUCACGGGCCCCCAGCAGCGUCGUGCUCAGUGUUUUUAGAUACAUCUAGUGCACGCGAAUACGAAUCAGAUCAAACCUGGCUGUGGAAACAGUGGAAGUUUGACACGUCGUCCCCUCACACGUUCGCGCAACACCGCGUUUGAGGAGAGAGGAUGGAAGCGCGCAGUCUUAGACUUAGGCGAGCCUUUGAGCAACCGCGCUUCGCUGGCGGAUGCCAGGGCUCAGCGCUGCAGCGCGCAGUGACGCGGCCACGCCUCGUGCCGGUAUUUGUGGCUUCUCGGGCCGGCAAGGCCACGGACGUGCCGCUCGCGGCCGAUCCCGACUCCCCCGCCCGCGACUCCCCCACCACCUCCACCUCCACCUCUACCAGCUCGGGCCCAGGCCGGGGCACCGCCGACUCGCCCCAGGAGCACGAGGUGGCGCCCGCCGGCUCUCGCGGCCCCAGCCUCAGCCCCGCCAAACCCGGCUUCGCGCGGGGCGGCCCCAGCAGCAGCGGCCCAGGUGGCAGCCCCACCGGCGCAGGCGGCCCUGGCGGCCCCGGCGGCAGCAGCCCCCCCGGUGGCGGCGUGGACGGGCUGCGGCUGCGGUACUGGCUUGUGCUGCUGGUGCAGUACGGCGGCAUCUACGGCACUGCGGCGGUGGUGCUGGGCGCGAUCACGGGCGUGCCGGCGUUCGGUCCGGGCGGUGUGCGGUGGGAGGCGGGGGACGUGGGUCUGGGGCUGGCGCUGAUGGCGCCCGCACUGGCGCUGGACGCGCUGGUGGGGCUGCCCGACUGGAGCACGCGGCGUGAGGAGGACGCCAAGCAGCUGGUGCGGCUGUUCGUGGACCCACAGGCGCUGGCAGCGGAGCGCAAAGCUCUGCAGGGCGCCAAGGGGUCUACGGGGGGCAGUGCCGCGGCGCGCAGUGACAGCGGCGGCGGCGCCAGCACUGCCGCUGAGGAGGAAUCCGCUGCGGCCGCGGUGGGCGAGGCCGCCCGACUGCUGGCGGCCACGGCGGCCGCGGCGGAGCUGUCAGCAGCGGAGGAGGAGGAGGCGGGGCGGGCGCACAGCGGCGCCGGCGCUAGCACCAGCGGCAGUAGCGGCAGCAGUGGCGGCAGUGGCAGUAGCACUGCCGAUGCGGAGCCCAGUCCGCUGUGGGCGGCCAUGCAGCGACUGCGCAUGGCGCUGGAGCUGAUGCAGGAGACGUCUGUGCGCAACAACCCCGGCGCCCGCCUGACUCCGCUCCAGGAGCUGGCGGUCAUCUGUGUGGCGGUGGCGGCGGACGAAAUGCUGUACCGCGCAGUGCUGCUCACACUGGCCGGCAGGUGGCUGCGCGACCGCUUCUACGAGGCGGGUGCGGACGACACCCUGGUGCUGGGCCUGCCGGGGGGCGGCGGCGGCGGGGUGUGGGAGGUGGAGACGGGCGCUGCAGCCAUGUGGACGGCGCUGUUCCUGGGCUGUGCGGCCGGGGUGGGCGUGUUCGCGGGCCGCGCCUGGCGUGAGGCCAGUCUGGCGGGGCGGCUGCAGGCGGUGCAGGCGGCGCAGCGGGAGGCGCUGGAGCAGCAGCUCAAGCGGCAGCGGCUGGGCACCCACAUGACGGCGGAGGAGGUGCGGCAGCGCCAGGAGCAGCAGGCGCGGAUAGAGGCGCUGCAAACCAACUUCGCCAGUAGUGUCGGUGUGCAAGGCGCGCUGGUGUGGCUGCUGGAGGGUGUCCGCGAGGUGUACCAGGUGGCGGCGGCGGGCGGCGCAUUCAUACUAACCGGCAACCUGGCGGCGCCGCUGGCGGGCGGGUUUGCGGCGCAGUGCCUCAUGAGCGCUUACCAGCGCCUGGGUCUGCGGCGGAGCAUGGAGCGGCGGGCCGAGGUGAUGCGGCGGCGCAAGGCGGCGGCCAAGGAGCGGGAGGUGCACCGGCUGCGGCAGGAGGCGGCGGCCAGGGAGCUGGCGGCGGAGGCGGACAAGAGGAAGGCGGAGGGGCACGGGGAGGGACAGGCGGAGGCGGAGGGGGCAGGAGAGGCAGGGGAUGUAGGAGGGCGGGAGCGGGAGUUGGAGAGGGUGGCGCGUGUGCGUGAGGAGCCGAGCGGUCACAAGAGCCAUGAGGGGUGAGGCGGGUAGGCGGGGGCGCCGCGCCGCGCGUGCCGCGUGUUUGGUGAGGCUGGAGAAUAAAACACAUGAUGGGACACAUAUCAGGGGCCGGGGGGGGGUGUUAAAGUUGUUCUGGCAGGCAAGGUUUCAGCUUUUUGUCCUGUGGGAGCAGGGGUGCGUGAGCAGCGUGCGCAACUCCGUGCUGCGUCGCCGGUUGGAGCAUUUGAGUUAUGCCCCCAUGCAUCAAUGCUCGCAAUCAACUAUAGUACGCAAGCACACAUACACAUACACAGCGAGAGAGCGAGAGCGAGGUGUCGUCAUUGCAACACUGGGCAAGGCAUACGGUACAGCAAUUUUGAUGAGCUUUUUAAUUCCGGGGGCGGCCCCAGUUCCCAACCAGGCAGGGUGCCGCCUGGCUGCGCAGUGUCUUAUUUUGAGGUUUUGCUCCUUGCUCCAAAGGCAGCGGUGUGUUUGGGCCCUGCGCUCCACGAGUGGGCUGGUGUGCAUUGCUACAUGCAGAUGUGUGUUGUGGUGUGGGUACCCGUGUGGAUGGCUGUGUGGCGGUAGCACCGGGGGCUGGUGGUGGCGGUGGUGAAUCAAGGGUGUGUGUGUGUGUGGUGGUGUGGAGUUUGGGGGGCCGCGGCUGGGGCUGUGGCACGGCCCAGGCCCCUAGCGCCAGCCCUGAGCAUCAGCGGUAAGUUGCGGUACUUGACGAGUCAGUGAGGCAAUCAACAAAGUGGAGUGGCAGUCAAGCAGCCUGGCCAAUCGCCGUUUCUUUUCUUGUUUGUGUGUUUGUUCUGAAGGUGUGACGCGAGCGGGCAUCUCCUGCGCAAGUGGUAGUGAGAGCGUCGGGUGUCGUGUGAUACAGGAGCAUGUGAUUGAAUGCAAGCAGAAGGAAUUUCGUUGACAGUUUGGCGCGGGGAUGUGUGGCAGUUGAGGGGCCCGGGCGUUUGCAUUGACUGACGGGGCCCGCUGAUGGUGGCAAUGAACGCGCCCCGGUCGUGUGUGUACAUGUGCUUGUAAACGAGUGUUGGU